AAAUAUUUAAUUGAAAUUAAAUAAAGAAGAGAAAACAAAGAAAUAUGGAUUUUACUUUGAGGCAACAAGCUUUAGUUAAUAGCUCAUGGGAAGCAUUCAAUCAAAAUCUUCCUCUCUUUAGUGUUUUGUUCUACACCUUUAUAUUGGAAAAAGCACCUGCAACACAAAAUAUGUUUUCUUCUUUAAAAGAUGCAAAUGCCGACGAAGUAUCUUUGUAUAAUCCUAGUGUCAAUGCUCAUGCUGAGAAGGUUUUUGGAAUGGUGCGUGAUGCGGCCGUUCAACUCCGAACAACUGGAGAAGUAGCAUUGGAAGAUAUUACAUUAGGAGUUAUUCACACUCAAAAAAGAGUUGCCGGCUCUCAUUUUAUGGUUGUGAAAGAAGCAUUGUUAAAAACUAUAAAGGAAGCUGUUGGAAAUGAAUGGAGUGAGGAGUUAAGUAAUGCUUGGGAAAUUGCUUAUGAUGGAUUGGCAGUUGCAAUUAUGAAGGAAAUGAGUUAAAUAUUAGAUCUAUUACUUGCUUAUAAGUAAGAUCGAUAAAUAAAAUUUAUUUUCCUAAAACUUUAAUUAAGUUUUUUUUAAUAAAUGUUGUUGAAACUAAUUAGUUAAGAACCUUUGAGGUAUAACCUCAAUAUGUUUGUAUAAUAAAUUGUUUUAAAUUUGUAUUUGAAGUAUUAAUUCAAUACUAAGAGUUUUUAUUUUUAA